CGUCAAACAGUCACUAACACAAACGAACACAGAAAGGGCUUUAAAAUUGAAACCGAAGCUCCAAAUCUCACUUGCCGUCGCCAUGGCUAUGGCUACUGCUUCUUUUCCUCCGCCGUCGGCCACCGCCUUCUCUGCAACUUCGUCAAUUGUAUUCGAGAUCGGAAAGUUCAACGCCGUACUUGAAAAGGUCGAAUCGGCUGGAUGUUGUUCAUCCGGCCGACAUCUUCCGGCUCCUCCGCCGAAGCCACUACUAAUCGGCCGGCCUUCCAUCGCCGGAGAGUUCCCGGUGCUGCUGCUAAUCCAUGGCUAUCUCCUUUACAACACUUUCUACUCUCAGCUUAUCCAUCAGAUCGCCUCUCAUGGCUUCAUCGUCAUCGCCCCUCAGCUAUACUCAGUGGCUGGACCAGAUACAAGCGAAGAAAUCAAAGCAACAGCCGCCGUAAUAAACUGGCUGCCGGAGGGUCUCCGGCAGCACCUCCCCCCGCACGUGAACCCAAAUCUAAACAAAAUAGCUCUCUCCGGCCACAGCCGCGGCGGCAAAACCUCCUUCGCCUUAGCCCUAGCUUUAGCCGAACAGAAAUCUCCAAAAUUAUCAGCCUUAAUCGGGCUCGAUCCAGUGGACGGAACGGGCUCCGGAAAGCAAACGCACCCCCCAGUCCUCAAAUACAUCCCACAAUCCUUCGAUUUAGGGCUGCCGGUUCUGGUAAUCGGGUCGGGUCUGGGAGAAUUGAAGAGGAAUCCCCUGUUUCCCCCAUGCGCUCCGAAGGGCAUCAACCAUGAAGAGUUCUUCAAGGAAUGUCGGAAUCCGGCGCACUAUUUUGUGGCGAAGGAUUAUGGACAUUUGGAUUUGCUGGACGAUGAAACUGGAGGGCUUAGAGGGAAGGCGAGCUACUGCUUGUGUAAAAAUGGGGAUUCUAGAGAACCCAUGAGGAGGUUUGUUGGUGGGGCGGUGGUUGCGUUUUUGAAGGCUUAUUUGAAUGGGGAAGACGGAGAUUUGAGAGCCAUUGAAGAUGGGGAUCUCUGCUUGCCUGUUCAUCUUCAGACCGUUGAAUCUCUUCUCUGAACAUUACCUCACGCCCUGUUUGAUAAUAAAUAUAUGUAGAAUAAUUAAA